AUGGAUGGACAUAUCGUUGACGUGCAUGCACAUUUGUAUCCUUCUUCCUUUCCAACCACGCCCAUCGAGCAAAUUUUAACUCGAGCAAAAGCUGUGAACGUAUCUUCAAUAAUUACCGUUCCAGAAACAAUAGAGGAUGCUCAAAGUAUUUUUGAAUUGAAAAAUGAUUUAACGUUAUCAAGCUCACUCCGAGAUAUGAUCGAGCCAUGCGCGGGCUUGCAUCCAGUCACACCGCAGGGAGCAAUGAGUUUAAUUAGAGUGGAUCAAGCAGAUAGCAUUCUCCAGUUUAUAAAAGAUAAAUCAGCAGAGUUGGUUGGUAUUGGUGAAGUUGGCCUGGAUUUUAGUCCACGCAUUAUGAAUAAUGCUAUUGCUGGUUAUCCAGAUUUAAAAUUGGACGUUGAGGAUCUUAAAAAAGCGCAACGUAACGUCUUAGCGCGUCACAUAGAUCUAUCCCUUCAAUUUGAUCUUCCCCUUAAUGUUCACUCUCGUUCUGCAGGUCAUCAUACUUUGGAUUGUUUGCGAGAUUAUGGUGCAAGGAAAGUUGUAAUGCACGCAUUUGAUGGUCAAAUAAAAUAUGCUAACAGGGGUGUUGAAAUGGGGUUCUUUUUCUCGAUACCGCCUUCAAUAGUUCGUUCACCUCAAAAACAAAAGUUGGUAGCUGCUAUUCCCUUAUCAAAUCUAUUACUUGAAACUGACUCACCAGCCCUUGGACCUGAACAAGGCGUUGACAACGAACCAGAUAGCAUAGUAAUAAGUGCCACAGAAAUUGCUAAAAUUAAAAAUAUGGAUGUUAGUGAUGUGAUUCGACAAACUACUGAAAAUGCGUACAAAUUGUUUCCGAAAAUCAAAAAGAACUCUAUUUAA